AUGAGAAAGUUCAUUACCCUCGCUGCCUUCGCUGCUGGCUCCAACGCCCUUGUUGGCCGUAGUGAUAGCUGCUGCUUCCGCCUUACCUCUUCCGGCGGUGCUGCCGGCAAACUUGGCCAGCUAGGUGAUGGCCAGAACCGCAUUGGCGACAAUAGUCUACAGCCAGCACAGUACUGCAUUGACUUCAAUGGCGCCAUCACCGACUCCAGCGGCCGUGGAUGCAUCCUCACCCCUCCCACCACUCAACUGCAGUGUGACGAGGGUGUGUCUGCUACACCCGGUUUCUCUGUCAACUCACAGGGUAAACUCGAGUACCACAACAGCCCCGACUUCGUUGCCUGUGCCACCGGCCAAAAUGGUGGCCUGAAUGUCUACACUACACCUAACAAGCUUGACGUCACUGGCUGUGUGAAUGUUCAAUUGUCUGCCGACGCUUGCUCGAACACGGGCACUGGUGGCGGCAAUGGUGCCUCAUCCCCGGCUGGUGUACCACCCGCUUCUAGCACAUCGCCUGCUCCAGUUCCUCACUGCCCUACCUCCGGUGCCCCUGGAGCCCCUGGAGCCCCUGGUGGUGGGGGUGGGGGUGUUGUUGGCGGCGGCGGUGGUGCGCCACAGCCCUCUGCUAGCGUGCCAGCCCCAUCUGGCGGUACUGGAACCAAGCCUUCUGGUCCAGGGCCUGCUCCUGGCGGCGGCGGCGGUGCUCCACAACCCGGCCCCUCUCCUGUUGUGCCUGCUCCUGGCGGCGGCGGUGGUGCUUCGCAGCCCGGCCUUUCUCCUAGUGCGCCUGCCCCCGGCGGCGGUGGUGGUGCUUCACAGCCUGGUGCCUCCCCUAGUGCGCCUGCUCCUGGUGGCGGUGGUGGUACUAAGCCUUCUGGUACACAACCCGCUCCCGGCGGCGGUGGUGCUUCACAGCCCGGUGCCUCUCCUAGUGCGCCUGCUCCUGGCGGCGGUGGUACCAAGCCGUCUGGCACACAAUCUACUCCAGGCGGUGGCGGUGGUAGCGCUUCGCAGCCUGGUGCCUCAGCGAGUGUGCCUCCCUCUGGCGGCGGAGGUGGUGGCAUCUCUGUUAGUGUGCCUCCUAUCUCCGCCGGUGGUGGCCCUCCUUCAACCGGUUCUGCCAGCGCAUCCGUCCCUGCUACCUCUGCCACUUCCAAGCCCUCGGCCACUGGUACCUCUGGAGGUGCUUGUCCCACCGAUCUCUCCGGUAACUACGAGAUCCCUCACCUUAUCAUCCCUGUCGACUCUUCCUCGCCUAGUACUACCGCAGGAACUGGGUUCAAUGGUACUGUGAGCUCGACUAAGUCGAGCCUAUUCAACUUCGAUAUCCCGAACGCCGACGCCGGCAAGACUUGCAGCCUGAUCUUCCUCUUCCCUAAGCUUGAGGAUCUCGAGACCUCGUCUUACAGCUUUAGCGGUGAUGGAAAGAUUGACUUCGCCAAGCUCUCUUCUACUGCCGAUUCCUCGACAAACUUCGGUAACAUGCCGUCGGUAUCCCAGGAUCUCGGCAUCAUCACCGUCUCCCCUGGCAACUCAUACCUUGUCUCUACGUUCUCUUGCCCGGCUGGCCAGGCUGUCGCCUAUGAGAUGAAGAAUGCUGGCAGCACCAACUUCAACUUCUUCGAGGACUGGAACCCAUCUCCGUAG